AUGAAUUCCACUUAUUAUGAUGAUCCAACAAAAGAUCAUCCAGGACCAGCUGCUUGUCAAGGUGCUAAAUUACCCGAUACUGCAAAUGUUGCUAUUCAAAUUGGUGGGACACAUACACAAGUUCAAGAACGAUAUGCAACUAAAAAACAUGAUUUCCAUGAAAAAAAAGAUAUUGACGAUGAUAUUCAAAUGACUGAAUUUGCUUUACAAAAGAACGUUCCUUUGGAACUUGCUGACCUAGGUUUACUUGCUACAGUUGGACCACGAACAAUACAUGUUUAUGAUAAACUAUGUGUAGUCGUUCUUUCAAUCGAUAGUGGGGAAAUUCGUGAUAGUAAUAAAAUCAUGCUUAUGAGAGUAUUAAAAUAUACAACAUGCUAUUUACUUUCAGUGGCAUUAUAUAAACAAUUUAAUCAACUCAUUAACUAUCAUGAUCUACGACCGGAAUAUAUCCGUGUCAUUAUUGUUGAAUGGUCAAUAAAAUUCUCAAUUUCCAUAGCACGCAUUAUUUCAGCAAAUAUUCAAUGUAGUUUACUCAGUGCUCGACGUUGUGAAAAUUUCUACGAUUAUAGUCAACAAGUUGAUUGA